AUCAAUAGCAUUCUUUUGGCGAUUUGUCGGUUGGAUGCUGCUUGCGUUGCAAUCGAUUUCCGGUCAAUAUGGCAGAUGUCAACACUGGAAAUUUGGCACCUGAUGUCACAGAAAGUAGCACACAAACCAUACAAUGGAAGUCUAUAUCCUUAACUCAUGUGGAAUAUCCAAAAGGAGAUUUGAUUGGAUAUGUUUUAGCAUGGUUUAGUCUGGUUCCAAUUUUUGUGUGUGUUGGCUUUGCUGCUCUCAUUAUUUUUAGACGUGAUUUACACACGAUUUCAUAUUUUAUUGGUAUACUCCUGAAUGAAGUGUUGAAUUUAGUAUUAAAACAUGUAAUAAGGGAACACAGACCAUUGAGAGGAAGACAGACAUUAUUUACAGAAUAUGGAAUGCCAUCAAGUCAUGCACAGUUUGCUUGGUUCUUUUCUACAUAUAUGGUUUUCUUUUUAUUUAUAAGAGUAUACAGAAAUAGUAACUGGGUAGAUGAUUUAUGGAAGUAUAUAACAAGUAUAGGUUGUUUUUUUGUAUCUUCUUUAGUUCUUUAUAGUAGGGUGUAUUUAGCCUACCAUACAUUUUUCCAAGUAUCUUGUGGUGCUUUAAUGGGGUUAUUUCUAGGAGCUGUAUGGUUUGGUGUUGUACAAAUUGUUUUAACUCCUUUAUUUCCAACUUUAGCUGCUCAUCCUGUUGGAGAAUUUUUUAUGUUACGAGAUUCUACUUUAAUUCCUCAUGUCAUGUGGUUUGAAUAUACUUCAUCUAGAACUGAAGCCAGAAGUAGGCAAAGAAAAAUGACAUCCAGAAAAUCCCAAUAACAGCAAGUUUUUCAGAGGAAAACCAAAGAAUAAAAACCCAGACAAAGACAUUAUUCAGAAUGCAUAACAGCAUGGAUGAUUUUUAAGUCAAAUGUCAUAUUGUAUUGUUGUAUUUUUCAUGAAGGAUAUGUAUGUUUCUACAGAAGAUUUUGUUAAGUUUUUGGGAAAUGAUAUCUGCAAAUACAUCACAAAUGCUAUUAUGUACUGGUAAACAUCAGGUCGCUAAAACAAUAGCUUUUUUUUUUUAAGGUACAUGUAUUCAUAUUUGGAACUUUUAUUCAGAUUUAAUUGUUUAUCCAAAAAAAAACAGGUCAAAAAUUUGAUAAAAACAUGUACCAAAUUAAAUUAUCAAAUAUUUUUAUUCGACAAAUUUUCUGUUUCACAUCCAGUUAAAUUUCUUUAAAAAUGUGUUUUAUUUCCCUUCAAUGCCAAAAGUGUUCAAUCCUUAGUAUGCUUCUACAAGGUUUGAUUGGAUGUUAACUCUGCAAAUCACUGCAUAUUCAUAGCCAGGUUGGAGGUGUCUAUUGAAUUAACUCAUUUAUCAUUUCAAUCAUGAACAGGAUACUGAUACUAUGGGAAAAUCUGACCAAUGUCUUUACCCAUUAAAAACUUUUAAAGGAUGGGAGAUAACUAUAAUGGUUUACUUCUGCAUUUAAAUUUCUUUUUGAGUUAUCUCCCAUUUAUUGAAUUGGAUUUAAAGGUAAGAAAAAAUCUUUUGAGUUCAAAAGUUCAAGGUCCUAAGGAAAGUGCUGUGAAAUGCAAUCACCCCCAAACUGGUUUCCUGUAUGUGAAAUAUUAGCCUGGUAAAGAGAGAAGAAGGUUCUUUUAAUAAUCUGAAUAUCAUAGACUAUAUUGACUAUUAAAUAGUUGAAAGGUUGAACCAAAACUAGUUUGUAAAAGAAGUAGAAAAAAAACCCAAUAGUAUGAUUCUCCACUAGGGCAUAAGCUAUGAGAAAUUUCUCUUACUGUUUAAUGAAUACAAGAAUUGAAGUAUCAUAAAAUUGUUCUUAAUAAGUUUUAUUUAUAAGUUUGACCUAAAAGAAACAGGUCAAAUGAUUUUCUAAUGUUAGUGCUGACUAUAAUAUUCAUUAAUAAAUUUGGAGGAACGACUGGAAAAUGAGUUUGUAGAAAAAAGAAUCAGAAAGAGUUACUUUCAUAUCCUUCCCAUUAAUUCUGUAAUUUCUGAUAUUACAAAGCAUUAAUUUGGAGUUUACAAAUAAUCAGAAUACAGUUACAUAAAUCAUAGUAUGAAAAAAUUAUUUGAAUUGAAUGGUGAAUGGAUGUAUAGUAAAUGUAUGUAAAAAAUCAUGGUAAAUUGACCAGUUUGCAUUAUGAUACAUUAAAAUGACCAUUUCAUGUAUGUGUUCUUUUUAUAUUAUUUAAAAUGUUUUAAAUGUUGUGAUUCUUGAUACACUGCCAUUUAUUUUAAAUUAUGUGUCAUAAUUUUAAUAAUUCUGUAAUAAAAAAAAAUACAAGUGUCAUUAGA